AUGCCGGUGGAGGAAAGGAGGAAGGAAGACCAGCCACCCUGGAGCUCCCUGGAGCCCUCUGGAGCCCCGCCCAAGCCCGGAUCAACAGCCCCUGGCGCGGCCCCCGAGAGCCCGCCGGGAAUGCCCUGGCGCAGAGCCAGAGGGACCCAGGUCGCGCUCCCUUUUGCAAGGGCUGGCGCGCGGAGAGCGCGCUUUGGCACCAGGCGGGCGCGGGGGUGCGGGGCGCACGACCCUGACACGCCCUCUGAAAUCCACUGGGGCUGGGGGCGCUUGGUCACUGAACUCGGUCGCCGAGUGUUCCGCGCCAAGUCCGCGCGACAGGUCUUAUUGCCCGGUGUCGGAAAUGAGGUGCCCGGGCGGGGCCGCGUUUGGGACGGCCACUCCGCCACCCCUGCCGCUCCCGCCUCUCUCCCGGGAUUUUCCAGCGGGUUAAUUUCCUGUUCGGCUCCCCCCUCCGCCCGUGCCUCCCGGGCUCCCCUGGUCGGUCCGCGCUGCGCCCCAUCGCCCCCGCGCGCCCGGGCGCGAGCCCUCCCCGCCCCGGCAGCCCUCCGGCUCCCCGCGCCUGGCCUCCGGGACCCCGCGCGCCGCCCCGCGCCAGGGCUCGGCCCCAGAGCCGCGUCCGCGUCGCCGCCGCUCGCGCGGGUCCCGGCUAUGCGCCCCCGCGCCGCGCCCCGCGCCCCCGCCGGCGCCGCCGCCGCGCUGGGGCUCUGCAGCUUCCUGCUGCUACUCCCGCCAGGACCCGCGUGCCCCGCGGGCUGCGCCUGCACCGAUCCGCACACCGUGGACUGCCGCGACCGCGGGCUGCCCAGCGUGCCCGACCCCUUCCCCCUGGACGUGCGCAAGCUGCUGGUGGCCGGGAACCGCAUCCAGCACAUCCCCGAGGGCUUCUUCAUCUUCUACGGCGACCUGGUCUACCUGGACUUCAGGAACAACUCUCUGCGCUCUCUGGAGGAGGGCACGUUCAGCGGCUCGGCCAAGCUCGCCUUCCUCGACCUCAGCUACAACAACCUGACCCAGCUGGGCGCCGGCGCCUUCCGCUCGGCCGGGAGGCUGGUCAAGCUGAGCCUGGCCAACAACAACCUGGCGGGCGUGCACGAGGCCGCCUUCGAAACCCUGGAGUCGCUGCAGGUGCUGGAGCUCAACGACAACAACCUGCGCAGCCUCAACGUGGCCGCCCUGGCCGCGCUGCCUGCGCUGCGCACCCUGCGCCUGGACGGGAACCCCUGGCUCUGCGACUGCGACUUCGCCCACCUCUUCUCCUGGAUCCAGGAGAACGUGUCCAAGCUGCCCAAAGGCCUUGACGAAAUCCAGUGCUCCCUGCCCAUGGAGAACAGGAGGAUAUUCCUGCACGAGCUGUCGGAGGCCAGCUUCAGUGAGUGCAAGUUCAGCCUCUCGCUCACAGACCUGCUCAUCAUCAUCUUCUCUGGCGUGGCUGUGUCCAUCGUCGCCAUCAUCUCCAGCUUCUUUCUGGCCACCGUGGUGCAGUGCUUCCAGAGGUGCGCCCCCAACAAAGGCACUGAGGACGAAGAUGAGGAUGAGGACGACUGAGCCACCCGCACCCCUUCCUCGCUCUCCAGAACCCCAGCCGGUGGCUCUCCUCCGAGGGAAAUGCUGAA